AUGCUAAAAAUUAUUUUCCCAUCACUCAUGCUUCUACCACUAACAUGACUCUCAAACAACAAGAAAACCUGAACUAACGUCACCUCCUACAGCUUCCUAGUAAGCCUAGCAAGCUUAUCGUUACUUUGACAAAACGACGAAAACUACCUAAAUUUCUCAAUUAUAUUUUCCUCCGACCCACUAUCUACCCCCCUAAUCAUCCUAACAACUUGACUACUCCCACUAAUAAUACUCGCCAGCCAAAAUCACAUAAAAAAAGAAAAUCCCAUGCACCAAAAACUUUACAUCUCAAUACUUAUCAGCCUUCAAAUCUUACUUAUCAUAACAUUCUCUGCAACAGAACUAAUCUUAUUCUAUAUCCUAUUUGAAGCCACUCUAAUCCCAACAUUAAUUAUUAUCACCCGAUGAGGAAAUCAAGCAGAACGACUAAAUGCAGGAAUUUACUUCCUAUUUUAUACAUUAAUCGGCUCCAUUCCACUUCUAAUCGCUCUUAUUUCGAUCCAAAACUCAAUAGGAACUCUCAAUUUUCUAGUUCUCUCCCUCACAACACAACCCUUGCCCCCAACAUGAUCCAACAACAUUUUAUGACUAGCAUGCAUGAUAGCAUUCAUAAUCAAAAUACCACUAUAUGGAGUUCAUCUGUGAUUACCAAAAGCCCACGUAGAGGCCCCAAUUGCAGGCUCCAUGAUCUUAGCAGCAAUUCUCCUAAAACUAGGAGGUUAUGGUAUGAUACGAGUCUCCAUAAUUCUAGACCCCCUAACAAAAUCCUUAGCCUACCCAUUCAUCAUACUCUCAUUAUGAGGCAUAAUCAUAACUAGUUCAAUCUGCUUACGUCAGACAGACCUAAAAUCAUUAAUUGCUUACUCAUCAGUAAGCCAUAUAGCCCUAGUCAUCACAGCCAUCAUAAUUCAAACACCAUGAAGUUUCAUAGGAGCUACAAUACUAAUAAUCGCACAUGGUUUAACAUCAUCACUCCUAUUCUGCCUCGCAAACACUAACUACGAACGAAUUCACAGCCGAACCAUAAUUAUAGCUCGAGGACUACAAAUAAUUUUCCCACUAAUAGCAACAUGAUGACUAUUAGCAAGCCUAGCCAACUUAGCUUUACCGCCCCUAAUCAACCUUAUAGGAGAAUUAUUUAUUGUCAUAGCAACAUUUUCCUGAUCAAGCCCCUCUAUCACCCUUAUAGCAACAAAUAUCGUCAUUACAGGAAUGUACUCAAUAUAUAUAAUUAUUACAACCCAACGAGGCAAAUUAACUAGCCACAUGAACAACCUUCAACCCUCCCACACACGAGAAUUGACACUUAUAGCCCUUCAUAUUAUCCCCCUCAUACUAUUAACAAUUAACCCUAAACUCAUCACAGGCCUAACAAUAU